AGUGUACAAAGCAAUAUAGUUCGCCGUUCCCGUACAUGUUUCUUUGUUGGCGCUCCGACACGCCAAGCCAUUACUGUUCUUUGUUCUUUGCAGACUGUGCAGUCAAAUGCCCUUUACCAAGACCGAAUAAUAAAUUCUCUUAAACUCUAUCCUCGUUCGCUGCUGCAAUGCAUCACCUGUCCAUUUACGUUUCACCGCAGCAUGGCUGGAAAGCGUGGCAAGAAACCUCGGCGGAUACGUCAAGGAAACCCAGAAUUAGCCGUGUCUAAUGGAGCUGUGAAGAUUAAGCAGAGGGCCCGGGUCAAGGGAAAAGGGCAGAAACGCAAACGUCCAAACCUCAAAAUUGUCGAUGAAGAGAUCGACAACGCUUCCGAGGAAGUCGAGCUACUGCCGGUGGCCUCAGGUGCUCGAACCGGAAAACAUCAGGAGGGACAAUUAUCCAAAUUUCCUUGGAAUAAUUUGUCCUUAAAACUUCCCCCUUUAUUCUUUAAGCACCUCCAGGAGACCUGGGAUAGCGGGGAAUAUCGCGACGUGAUACCCUAUUACGCCGAACAGCUGACGUUGCUAGACCCUAAACGCAAGGCUACUUCAACAACAAAGUUGGGAAACAUCCUGGUGGCAGACUACCUCAAUAAGCGGCUACAGCCAGAUUUCACCCAAAAAGAUACAUCUUCCGGCUGGCGUCCACUGCGUAUGGUUCAUGAAAGUGGUAACGGCGUGGUCGUGCUCUGGAAAAAGCAAAAGGAAACAGACUCAAAAGCCGAAUAUGUUGCCGUCAAAGAUACCAGAUUCCCCAGAUGGUUCCAAGACUACAGCUCUGAAGCAAAACUGACGCACCGACUUAAUGAGAUUGGCUGCCCCAAUGUCGUUAAAGUUCUGGAUUGGUGUUCUGUCGAUCCAUCAUUCAAUGGAAUGGAUCUUAUUCGAAUAGUCUAUGAAUACUAUCCGCUUGGUAGCCUUCAUGACUUGUAUGCCUACUACCAUAAACGAUCGUACUUCGUUUUCCCUGAAGCCUUUCUUUGGCAGGUGUUUCAUCAGGUGUCCACCGCAUUAUGCUGGCUUGUUCGGGGCACUACCGAUGUUCAGCCACGAGAGUCAUGGGAAGAAAUCAUCCAUCAUGACUUGAAGCCUGCAAAUAUCUUUCUGGCUCCUCCAGAUGAGAGCACACAUUUUCUAUAUCCUGUUCUUAAGCUUGCGGACUUUGGCCUUGCGUAUACUGUGCCGAAUGAAACCAUACGGAAAAUGAAAUUUGGCGCUGAAUGGCGGGGAGCGGGCACUGACGGCUAUAUCCCCCCUGAGUUUCUAGACUUGGACGAACCGUUAGCCUACGAACAACCCCCUGGCAGCCAUACAGACAUCUUUUCACUGGGCCAAAGCGUUUCUGAACUUGCCUUCCUCGCUCAACCUAUCAACAUCCAAGAGCUCACUGAUGGUGUCCCUCCGAUAUGGACUGCUCUCUCCGACUUCUACUCAGACCAACUUCGUUCUCUCAUUCGGUCCUGUACUGAGCUGGACAGCCGCAAUAGGCCUUCAGCAUAUGAUCUGUUUCAAGAAACACAAAUGACCGCCCUCUCCUGGCUCAUCAAGACCGAAAACGUGAUAAAUGAACUUCAAAUUCAUGCGGGCCAAGCAGUUGAGACUUCUUCUGAGUUUGAUACUAUCAAACCUUCUGAUCGCUUGCCUCGGCCAUCAUAUCUUCCUGAAACUUGGAACUACGAUGGCAAAGAAUCAGUGAUCCUUGCCUAUAUGGGAGUAUAUCCUGGUCGUCUACUCUACGACAAGUCCGACCAGAAGCGCUUCGAAGAGAAUGAAAGUUUUCGUAGCGCACUUGACCUAGUGUGUUUCCCAAUGGAUGGGCUCAAAGAAUAUGGUAUCCCACCUCCUCCAAUUAGAGAGGCUGUCAGUAUAGACAAAGUGGAUUACGGAAUUGUUCUUGGAGAUCUAUAUCAGUAUUCGACAUCUGGCUUUUCAACCGUGGAGAAGGGGUUAAAAAAGCGCUCUGAUACUUAUGUUCAAGACGAGGAUGACUUGAGCCCUGCAGUAGAGAAUUCCAAUACGGGAAAAGAAUCUCACUUUUGGGGAACAGGACCACCGGUUUCCGUCGAUCAAGAUGAUUUGCUUCAAGACGUCGAGCACCAUAUGGAUCGGCAAAUCCAAAGAUUAACCUCGACAAAGGAGGUUGACGAGAGAAGGCAAGCUACAGUGGAGCAAAAGGUGGGAGGAAAUGUGAUACCAGCAUUGACACCUGGGAAUGUUCCUGGAGAGGUAAAUGGAAAAGCCGACAAGACCUCUAAAGUCAAUGGAGAGACCAAGAACGAGAUCAGAGAAGCAAUUCGUGCUAAGCGACGUAAACGGCGUCAAGAGAAAUAUGCUAAGAACAAAGAAGCCAAGGCGAGGAUAAAACAAGGUAUUAAAGCGGCGAAACCGAUUCCCACAUUUGCGGCAGGCGUCAAGAAAAGGAAGGAGAAGAAAGGAAAGAAGAAGGGAAAGAAACAAAAGCAAACUGAAGUACCAGAAUCUCCAGUUCAGACUACCAAGCUUGGAAUUCCAUCGCUUGCAAAAGCGGCAGAAGGAAGUCCAAAAAAGAAGCCGCAACAAAAAGAAAAGGAUGAGAAGCCGGCCAAGAGAGAUGUUGAAGAGGCUACAAAAAAGAACAACCUCAGCAUCAGAGAGGCAACAAAGCACAGGCCAAAACCGAAAAAGCAAAAGCAACCCAAGGCCAAGGCUAAAGCCAAAGUCAAGAAGGAGAAAGCUCGUACGGAUUCAUCAGAUAUUAAAGCUCCGAAAGCACCGCCCAACACCAAAGUUCGAACAACUCCUAUGUCAAGGUUCCCUGAACCUAUUCGCAUUGUCAUGGGGCCCUCUUCAACUCCCGUACUCUUUUCUGGACCAUCACCGGCAUUGGCGGCCCUCAAAUUCAUAAACACAUCCAAGGGAAACCCAAACUCCAGCCAGCGCACGCUUCCUCCUCGUUCAAUAACAAAAUAUAUUCCUCACCGGAAAUCCGCCGCGAACGGUUCACGAUCCUCACUCGCAGAAGAUGUUGCUGCUGCUGCCGCUGCCCUGGAACAGUUGAAGCAAGGUCAGAACCCAGAGACGGUGAGCAAAGAGAAAGACAAUCUUGUCAAGAGGAAGCGUAAGCAUGAUCCCGAAGAAGAUGAAGAACACAAGCACGACAGCCAAUCUUCGGAUGACGAGGACGAGUUGGAUGACCAGAUGGAGCUGGAAGAGAUCUCCGAGGAUGAGUUGAGCGACGAAUCAAAGAAUCCGAGGAAACCAAAAAGAAAGCGAGCUCGAAGGAACUCUGACCCUGACUAUGUCGAUGAUUCGAACCAUGAUGACGAGGCGUAUCAGGACGACUACUACUUAGACCCGGAAGAUAUCAACGAAAGAGAUCUGGACAUCAAUUCCUAUGAUGGCCACGACGAGGAUCCGGGCCAGGGGAAGCGCAAACACAAACAAGCGGCCAAAGCUGCAGGACGCACGAAAUACAAGGGAGCGAGCAACACCGUGAAAAGAAAUAGCCCCGAGCAAAUGCCGGAACAACACCAAUCUGCAGAGCCUACUGAAAUCGAGCCAGUGACUGACCUCGUGCCGGAGCUUUCUGAUGCGUCCAGUGUUUUUGGAAACUCCCAUAUAUAUCCUGAGCAACAGCAAGUGGAAGAAAAUUAUUCUAGGCAGUCAACACCUUCUAAAGCGUCGUCAAUAAUCUCAAGCCGCGCAAACACGCCGGUACCGCAGCGCUCCUUUUCUCGCUCCUACUCGCCAUUGUCGUCCGUCAUGCCCUCGCCAUCGCCGUCACCUUCGCCUUCGGUCUCUUCUUCAUCCCAGGUCUCCGCGUCUGCCUCAAACUCAUCCUCACAACAAGCUGAGCAGCCUACGCGGACAUCUCAAACCUCACAGACUCCACUGAGGCUCCGCCCCAGUCCUGUGAGCUACAAUCACACUCAGCAUACCGAGACCGGGGAUAUGGAGUAUGUCAGUGAUAGCGUUAGCGUCACUAGCACUAGUAGCAGUACUGGAUCGGGUCCAGGUCCUGAUACUGCUUCUGAUACUGAUCCCAUAAGUGCAAGUGGAAGUGAAGUAGAAAGCUCUGAAGUCGACUCAGAUAUUGAUGCUACUUUCAUGAACAACACCACCGGCGCCUACGCAAGCGACAUUGACACCGGGUCUGAUACCCAUAUCCAAACUGACGGACUGGGUGAUGGCGGAUAUAAUACCGGCACGGGAACCGAGAGUGAAAAUGUCUCCGGUGAUCAUAGCGAUGAUAGUAGUGACGACGAUGACGAGGGCGAUCAAGGCACUGAUGCUACUGAUGCUACUAAUGCUAAUGCUACUGAUGACGACCAGGACGACAUACAGUGGGGGAGAGCAGAUGGUGUCAAGAAUGUCGUUGCCAAGUUGAGAAACUUAUUUGGCUUUGGAUUCAUGCGGCAGUAGUCAGCUGGUUUUUGCCUUGGCUUAUUUUUGCUUUUUUUGGGUUCUCUUUUUUUCAGUUCAGCAUUAAUUUACGCUUGGUCUUUCAUGCGUUUCCGUGUAUCAAUCUUGUUUCUUUUCUUUUCUUUUCUUUUUUCCUCAAUUUUUCUAUCUAUCUAUUUAUUUUCUGUUUCCAUUUCUGGAUUUCGUUUGUUUUCUUUCCCUCUCUUCUCUUCUCUUUUGACUUUCCGUUUUCUGUUCCAACCUUCUGUUUCACUCUUCUCUUUCGCCUUCGCUUUUGCCCGCUCUGGGCUUUACGUGUUACAUAACAAACCCAAAUCUCAAACAGUCACAGACUCACAAUACUAUUAGUCACCAUCUAUUUCUCACAAUUCUACAGCUAGUGGGGGUUUCCAUGAAGCCUAGACUG